CAGAUCACAAUAACAUAUCAAAUAACUUGAUUUUUUUAAUUUUGUUAUAACAAAAAUUGAAUAAUCCAUACACAGAAAAACUUUCCACACAGUUGGUAUAACAAUAUAGUAUGCUUCUUAUCAAAUUGAAUAUGUUUGUUAUUAUUCAAAUAUUUUAUAAUAGUAAUUACUUUAAGGUUGAACUAGCACAUGGUGAUUUUCAAUGUUUAAUAUUUCUAGGUUUGUGCACUCUGUUUUAAUAAUUAAAUGGAUCCUUCCUGUCAUGGUUCACUGUGAACCAUUUUUUCACUAUGUAUUAGAGCAAACUGGUUUAUUAAAUAUCAUUUAUCCAUAUUCUAUAUAAUUCAUUAAAAUACUUUCCUUCAGGUUGAUUGAGAUCAAAUAAUUUAUUGAUUUAAACAUAACUAAUGUACAGGUCGCUUGUACACUUUUGGUGGAUGGGAUUCUUUAAAUCGUUUAAAUUCAAUGGAAAGUUACGACCCAAGAGAAGGAAAAUGGAUGUCACUAAAACCAAUGAAUGAGAAAAGGGUGGAAUUGUGCGGUGUUGUUUACAAUGAUGAGAUUUACGCCAUUGGUGGUUUGGGAUUAAAAAGAGUUUCCCGGUUUAACAUUCGAACCAACACUUGGACCAAUGUUGGCAGCUUGAACCACGAGCGAUAUGGAUCCUGUGCUUGUGUUGUGAAUGGGAAGAUAUACGUCAUUGGAGGUUAUGAUGCUGCUGAAUCAAAAUCAAUUGAGGCUUAUGAUGCAACAAUCAAUAAAUGGAAGAUUGAAACCAACAUGGAAACACUAAGAUAUAGUGCAUCAGUUGUGGCUUUAUAAACAAUAAAAUCUUAAAAACUGUUUGUGUAUUUCAUGAUUUGUAUUGAUAUAAUAUUUCGUCAAUAGUUAAACAACAUGAGCCUAUGGGGGCCCAACCUGGUAAAAAUACAACACGAAAAAAAGCUUUUAUGCAAUAAGUUGUAUUACUUUUAUAUUAAAUGUUGCAUUAUUUUUAGAUCUUAAUCUCACAAAAAAAAUAAUUUUACCAUACAACUUAAAUUAAAUUGACGUUACGAUUAAAUUACUUUCACGCUACGACUUGAAUUAUUUUAUAUCCGGUAAAAUCGCUCAUGCGUUUCGAAAUUCCGGGCUUAACUAAAAAAACUACAGAUUGUUUUUAAUGCACAACUAAUGCAUGGUCGGCGCAGUGGCGUUUUAAGAUAUAGAAGCCCCCGCAAAGCUUGUACGUGGUCCCCCUUCUUUAUCACUACAUCUGGUGACCCGUAAAACAAUUUAACUCCAACUGUUACAUCAUAGUACUCUCUUAUGGUAGUCCAGCUCCUUACUCCACCGUUGCGCAUCAGUGUUAGUACAGAUUUAACUACGAGUGUGUGUAGUUAUGCACGAAGAAACGUUACAGUAACAACGAUACAAAUGUAUAUGAUGCUGCGCGUGAAAGCAGAUUUGAGCAGCGAUAGUUGUUUUAUUGCCUAUUUUUUGUAUAUUUCUGUAUUCGAUAAUGUCACAAAUGCUUUGUAUCAACCAAAGCGCUAUCCUGGGAAUUGGUUCGUCUGGACCGCUAACGUGAUAUCCCGCAGAUUAAUCACGCGUCUGCCUUUUGUUUUAUUGUAUAGCUUCUUUUUUUGUUUUAUCGAAGCAACUUGCGCCCCAGAUAAUUUGCGUACGGAAACGUUUAUUGUAUGCUUGAUAAAGAGCAGUCAUGGAGUUGUUUAACACUUCGUGAGCUAGCCAUUGUAUCUCGCAUAUAAAUAGUCAUCACAUUUAGUUCAAAACUCAAAGUAUUGCAAGUGUUUGGAGUUAAG